CUGAACCUGUUCUAUCCGAUUCCCCACCUGUAGGACAUUAGACAGAUAAUGUCGGCAACAACAGAGGGUAGGAUGAUACAACAUGAUUUGGACAACACCGGUCUGGUAACGACCAAGGAGAGGCGUCAGCUGGUGAGACUUUUAGUCUCAAAUUUAAUGGAGACGUACGGGGAAACACCUACAGCAGACACCAAGAAAGUAUUGGCAUCCUCCUUGGUGCAGGCCUUCCCAAGUUUGCGCGAUUCCUCUGAAAGUGGCAGUGACAUAUGGUUUGCAAGAGGACGGAAGUGCCUGCCAGCUACGGGAUUCCUGGAGGAGAGACUAAGAAAUAUUAGGAAGCGAAUGCGAUCCUCACAGCGUCCUGUGAGAGUAGAGGAAUGCCCCUGCCCUACCCUUUUACCAGCUUCAUCCAUUUCCCAAGAGAGGGCGGAGUCGAUGGUGGAGUGGCUCAAACUAAACUCCGAACCCCACAACCGGGUGGAGGACUUUAUGCAGGCCACUGCUAUCUACCGGGCUGAAUGGGUCAGAAAAAACACCUCAUCCACCAUUGCAGAGGUUUUGCAUGAGUUCCCUAGACUGAUGAGUCCAGGAAUGAUUGCUCAGGACUUCAAAAUCCUGCACAAAGAUGCUGCACUUAAAUUGGCUGAGACGUGGCAGCUGUCUUUCGCCAACAAAGUCCUCCGUCUAGCUCAAAGGGAAGGAAAGCUGGCAGUGGAUGUGGAUUCUUUGACACAGGAAUCAAAGGCAUACAUCUCUCUUAGGCUGUUGCCCAGCCUAAUGCCACUACCGGUCUACAGGGUCAACAAGAAAACCACUAAAACGGCACUGGCAGAGGCGAUGAUGGCCUUCAUCGACGUGAAACCUGUUGGGACAAAUAUGGUGGAAUACCUCCAGGAGGUGGAAGGAGCCAGACCAUACCCCUACGUGCUGGUGCUGGGAGGAGGGGAGGUGUUCUAUCAAGUGUUUGUCAUCUUGAUUGGUCAGGCUAUGGAAUUCCCAACUGUCCUGGAGGCCGUCGACAUUUGUUUUAAAUGUUUUUACAUUUUCGAUGUCUCUUUCACCAAGCAGUGUUCCCCAGCCUGGGAGUUUUUGCAAGAGGCCGUGUACGGGCUAGGAAAAAAAAAGUUGUCCCCGGGGGUGGCAUUUGUGAAAACUGCCCUAGCGCACUGCUAGUUUGUCUGUCUGUCUGUCUGUCUCUCUCUCUCCCUCUCCUUCUCACACUCAUGCAGACAUACACUCA